AUGGUGAUGGAAGAGAGCAAUCCUUAUGAACGGAUUGAAGUCCGCGACGAUGGAUUCCUCUGGCUGGUGAAUUACACAGAAGAAGAUGGCGGGGAAGAAGAACAUCAGCAACCAUUGGUCCUUCAUGCGGUUGCCAGCUUGCUUCGACAGUUGAAAGAACCGUGGCAUGACAGCGUUCAGUUCACCACCACGGAUCCCGAAGCAGAAGAAGAAGAAGAGGAAGAAGAGAAUCCUCCAGAAGAAGAAGAAGAAGAAUUGGAUGACGAAGAAAAGGAAAAAGGAGCAAACGAGGAGGAACCAAAAGAAAAAGACACUGCCGAUGAUGACAAGGAUGAUGACGGCGAGAAUGAUGAUGAGUGGGCACACUUGGAACGCACACUCAAUUUGCGAGACCGGAUCAUGAGGGCUCUAGAACAUGUCCGGUUGUACAAACAUGACAACAGAAAAGGCAAGAAAAGCAACGGAUUGGCCAGAAUUGAAUCCAAAGUCAUUGCCUUGCAUCAUCAACGGGAGAGGCUCAUGCAGCAAAAACAACAGCAACAGCAGCAGCAAGAUAGGGACAAAGCAACAAAUGAUGCUGACAAAAAGUUGGAAACGACUGAUGCUGACAAGACCACACAAGGAGAAACAGAAGCUGGUUUUCAAGUGGUUCCUGGAAAAUCAGGCAUUAAGAAAGACAAUAAUCAGCAAGACGAUGAUGCUUCCGAGUCCAGUGCUUCGCAAGCGUCUCUUCACCCACAUGUCAGAACAGUCAGAACUAUCAAUUCCAUAAGAGCAUUGGUUCCUGUUCUAUUACGAAUCAUUUCUCAUCCACAAAGAAACAAUAAAGAAAUCAAGGUGGGACCCAAAAAGCUCAAACUGACGGCCGCAGGGAAAGGUGGGAAAUGGUUCGUACUGGGGGGGCACGUCUUUGACACUGCAACCAAAAAGAAUUGGAAUUCCAUGCAUUCACAGCUACAAGAGCUGAUGCAGCUCUUUCUACCAACUCGUGUUGCCACCGAAAUGUUCAGCAAUCCGCUGGAUGACAAUUAUUGGGACCAAAACUUUUGGAACAAGGAAUGGCUUGCUCAUGCAUGGGUUGUCUCGUCGCAAGAGACGACGACGACGCCCUCUCCCAUUGACAUUAUCAUUGCUGCCCUUGCACAGCCCGACUCCACCAUGGAAUUGGACGAAUCUACACGAAAACAAAUUGCCAAGAGUUGCCGAGAUUGCGAUGAUAAGUUGUGGCCUAAUUUUGCCGGUGCGGCAAAGGAAGACGACGACGAUCUCGCCAAACAGUACGAAAAGGCAGUAGAGAACUUACAUCAUCGAUUGGGCUUUAUCUUGGAGAGGGACUUUCCCGGUGCUCGUCUUUCCGUAUAUGGGAGUUGUCUCUCCAACUUGACUCUCGAGGCAUCCGAUGUCGAUCUCAGUCUCUACUUGCCACAGGCAGCAAGAGCCAAGAAGUCGUUUCAAAACGGAUUCUGGCCAGCGGAAAAAUACGAAAAGGAAAUGAGCAAGCUGGUGAGGGAGGUCUUUCGAAGGCUUGUACGGCGAAAGAUUGAAUUUCAGGAAAUGGUGCCUGUCACCAGAGCUCGUGUGCCAGUCGUCAAGGGAUCCUAUCUCAAGGCCAACAAUCCAUACACUCCGCAUGGGGAGCUGCACUUUGAUAUCUGCUUCUUGAAUGACAUUGCAGUUGCCAACUCCAACCUUCUUCGGGAGUAUUCCCUAAUGCAUGAGUCUGUGAGACAAUUGAUGAUUGCGGUCAAGGCGUGGGCCAAGGAGCAUAAUAUUUGUUCGGCGCAGGACAACUGCCUUUCUUCCUACGCGUGGAUGAACAUGGUUGUGUUCUAUCUUCAAUGUAUCGAUUUUGUCCCCAAUCUACAGUGUCAGACCUUGGCUGCUCGCGUGGGAAUUCAACGAAGUACCGAUAACUAUUGGCACAACGUCAACGACUUGGAUACAUUCUAUCUGACAUUUGAGCAGGCAAAACUUGGUUGGAAACGCCCCGAACAUUUUGACGAGUACCCCGUCAGCAAUGUGGCGCUACUGUACGGAUUCUUCCACUUUUACGCUUGUUCGUUUUCGCGACAAUUCUCAAUGGUGUCGAUCAAGCGAGGCAAAGACGAUAUCCGCCCAAAGACAUCUUUUCGAAAGUGCAGUCCGUUUUUUGUCAUUGAGGAUCCAUUUGAAACGUUUGCUUCGCACUGUCCUCACGACCUGGGCAUUCCAGUGCACGAAUCACAGUGUCGUCGUAUCCUUUCGAUCAUUGCCAUGACGGAAGAGCAUCUCGGAAAGAUCGUGGGCAACAACGGAGGUGUUUCUGAGGGGCCUCUUUGGCCGGCUAAGGUUCCCGCGAAAUCCAAGAACAAGAACGGAGAAGCUGCUGAUGGAGGAGGAAGAAAUAGGAAGGGCAAGGGCGGGGGUGGCGAAGGCAGACAAAAGGGAAAGCAUGGCAAACAACCACCGCAGAAUCAGCAAAACCAGGCCGCAGACACUGGUGGUGGAGGCAAUGAACCCAAGCGAAGUCCUGAUUGUACUUUGAAGAUCACGAAGAUCAAUAGGAACGUUAAGGAGUCGGAUUUGAGGGUGCUGUUUUCGCCCUUCGCAUCUCAAACCAAUUCGCGGGUGGUUAGCAUUACUGUAACUACUCAUGGUUUGGCGUACGUGGAUUUUGACUCUGCGGAUCCUGUCAUCAAGGCUCUCGAACAACACAGCAAGGAGCCAUUCUGCUUGGAGGGUCAUGCUUUGAGCGUGUCACAAAAGCCAGGGAAACGGGCCAAGAAGAAGAAUCAAAAGGGUAAGGGCAGUCAAAACAAACAAGGGAACUCCCACCAAGAACCCGGCCAAAGUCCUAAAGAGGUAAACGAAGGAGAGGCUGAAGGGGCGGCGUCGGAAUCCCACAACUCAAAUAGUCGAAGCAAUCCCCGCAAGAAUAGGGGUAUAAGAGGAAGAGGCGGCAACAAAAACCAACGUGGCGUCGAAAAGAGCUAA